CUUCGUCCAUCUUCCUUCCAUGCAUCCGCGUCGUCCGUUACGUUAAACCCUACUAAAGCCCUAACCACCUUACCCUCCCAUCCUCUCUCUCUCUCGCCCCCUUAUCCGCCAUUUCUUCCGUCGAGAGUGGUCGGCUUUCGGCCGGAAGGAUGCCGGGACAGCUUCUGCAUCUCCGCCUCCUCAACUCCGCCGCUCCUGUUGGGAUUCUCUCUGGUGCGCGUCGCGCUGCGUUCAUGGGCUCUCGCUCCUCCAGCGCCGCCGCUGGCGCCUCCAUUUUCGCCAGGCUCUUCCCCCUUCGCUUGAAAUUAUCGGCUAUGUCCGCUAGGAGAGGCGGUGCGUCUGCAUUGCCGACGGUGGUCUCCGGCUUCCGGCAGUUUUCUAGCGUGUCCCGAGCCAGAGGCGGUCGGAGUGCAUCGUUUAGGAGGGACAGUCCUGGAAGAGGGAGAGAGCUCCGUCUAGGUGGUGUUGGGGGAAAGGUUCAGCAGAGCAAGAGCUUGAUCGAUGACGAAGCGGAGCUCAGCGACUGGAUAUCUGACCUGAGGACGGACAGAUUCCCGAGACUUAGUGAUGAAGACUCCGAUGAUGGAGGCGGGGCUUACUCAGGCAGGAGGAGGAGAGGGGAAGAUCCUCCGGCAGCGAAAAAGAGGAAAGAAAACGAAUUAGGCAGGAGGAAGACCAGGGGUUCGGGUCUCGGCCUCGACAAUGUGGACUGGGAGGGCGAAGCGGCAGGCCUCCGAGGAGGAAGAACUGCCGGGAGAAAGCAGCUGGGAAGCGACUUGAACGUGGGAAUGGAGGAUUUUCGUGGGAAGAAGCAUGGUAGUUAUAACUACGGGGGCGGGAGGGAAGGUGGAUUAUUAGGGAAGAGGAAGGUGGAGUAUGGGAAGCGCGCGGCGCAAAUUUUUGAUGACGACGAUGAGGAUGAGGAAAUUGUGGAUUUUAGUAGGAAGAAGCGUGGUGGUCUUGGUUAUAACAGGGACGGGCGGGAAGGUGGAGUUUCAGGGAAGAGCAAAAUGGAGUAUGGGAAGCGCGCGGCGCAAAUUUUUGAUGACGACGAUGAGGAUGAGGAAAUUGUGGAUUUUAGUAGGAAGAAGCGUGGUGGUCUUGGUUAUAACAGGGACGGGCGGGAAGGUGGAGUUUCAGGGAAGAGCAAAAUGGAGUACGGGAAACGAGCGGCGCAAAUUGUUGAUGACGAUGAUGACGAUGAGGAGGAUGGUGAUGAUGAGUCUGGAUUUGAGAGCGAAUCUUUUAGUGGAGAAGAUAACGAAGCUGGUUUUGAUGAUGCUCUGUCGGAGGACAAAGUUAAUAGGAAAAAAUCAAGGGACGAUGUUGAUGUUGUCGUGCCAAAAAUAUCAUCAGGAGAAACGGAUUCAUACUUGAGUCAGUCUAGGUUUGAAGACACUGCUAUUUCUCCUCUCUCACUUAAAGGAGUAAAAACUGCUGGUUAUGACAAAAUGACGGUUGUACAAGAAGCAACUUUGCCAAUCAUUCUCAAAGGCAAGGAUGUGUUGGCCAAAGCAAAAACAGGAACUGGAAAGACGGUUGCAUUUUUGCUUCCAGCAAUAGAACUUGUCACCAAAGUACCUCCUGUUGGUCGUGAUCAAAAGAGGCCCCCAAUUAAUGUACUCAUAAUAUGCCCUACGCGAGAGCUUGCAAAUCAGGCUGCUGCUGAGGCUAAUAAAUUGUUGAAAUAUCAUCCUUCAAUAGGUGUGCAAGUUGUCAUAGGUGGCACAAGGUUGCCUCUAGAGCAAAAACGGAUGCAAGCAAAUCCUUGCCAGAUUCUUGUUGCCACACCUGGAAGGCUUAGAGACCACACAGAGAAUACACCAGGGUUUGCAACACGGCUUCUCGGAGUAAAAAUGCUUGUGCUUGAUGAAGCUGAUCAUUUACUAGAUAUGGGAUUUAGGAAGGACAUUGAGAAGAUUAUUGAUGCUGUUCCAAAACAGCGACAAACACUCUUAUUUUCUGCCACUGUCCCGGAUGAGGUGCGGCAAAUUUGUCACAUUGCUCUGAGAAGAGAUCAUGAGUUCAUUAACACAGUCAAAGAGGGAUCAGAGGAAACACAUUCGCAGGUCAAGCAGAUGCAUUUGAUUGCUCCACUUGAUAGACAUUUUGCAAUACUGUACAGCAUCCUUAAUGAGCAUAUUGCAGAUGACCCUGAUUAUAAGGUUUUGGUUUUUUGUACAACAGCAAUGGUAACAAAACUUGUGUCUGAGCUUCUCUCUGAGCUGCACCUUAAUGUAAGAGAAAUCCACUCCCGAAAGCCACAGAGUUAUAGGACGAGGGUUUCUGAUGAAUUUAGAAAGUCAAAAGGUCUGAUCCUUGUCACUUCUGAUGUCUCUGCUCGUGGAGUGGACUACCCUGAUGUCACUCUUGUUGUACAGGUGGGUCUGCCAUCUGAUAGAGAACAAUACAUACACCGUCUCGGAAGAACUGGUAGGAAAGGCAAAGAGGGAAUAGGCAUAUUACUGCUCGCUCCAUGGGAAGAUUUCUUCUUGUCAAAUAUUAAGGGCCUGCCAAUAAGCAAAGGCGAUUUGCCCCCAAUUGAUCCAGACAUGAGAAAGAAGGUUGAGCAUGCUCUUGCGCACGUAGAGAUGAGGAAUAAGGAAGCAGCUUAUCAAGCAUGGCUGGGAUAUUAUAACUCCGUCAAGACCAUUGGCAGAGAUAAGAUAAGGCUUGUAGAGCUUGCUAAUGAGUUCAGCAGCAGUAUGGGUCUUGACAGGCCGCCAGCAAUCCCGAAGCUUGUACUAGGCAAAAUGGGUCUGAAAAAUGUCCCUGGCCUACGUGCAAAGUAGAUGUUUAAGCAACUGGGUGCUGUUUGAGUAAUCAAGGUGACAUUGCAAGGGCAUACUUUUGCCCAUAGGUCUCUCACCUAGUGUGGAGUAUGGACCUAAAGCCAUGUACAUGUCAGACCAUGAACAAUGGCGUUGGAUGGAAGUAUGAGCACCUAUCCUUGAGAUAUCUUUCUUCCCUGCUAAAUACAGCACAAUUCUCUUGCAUGUUGCCUAGACCCGCUGCAGCCUUGAUGUGGGGAUUCCAGGUCGCAUAAAGUAACUGUUUUCGGCUCAGGGAGAGACUCCACUGGAGGUAAACAACAUAUUCCAGUGGGAAAGAUUUGAGGUUAUUAUCUUAGUCGAUGUUUGUCAUAGAUGACACGAAGAAUGGGAAAACUAAAUUGUAUUGGGUUAUAUUUCGGUUUAUAGCAAUUUGAAGGAGCCAAUGUUGGGCUACUUGCUGCUUCUUGAUCAUAUGGACAAAACAAAUUGGUUGGCUGAACAGUCUAUACUUGAUCCUGGAUAUUUGACUCAAAUCAAAACUUUAUACCA